GUAUCUCCUCAGCCCUCCUUCCCCCCCAAGCGGAUGGGCACGGGGGCAGCUCGUGCAAGAGUCUGCAGAGGGCGGGGCUAGGGGCGGGGCUCCCACCUCGGUGCGGGGCCGGGGGCGCCGCGCGCCGGUCUGGCGGCCCGCGAUUGGGCGAGGCCGCGAGCGGCGUAACAGCUGCCAGCUCACGGGCUCAGACGGUCGCCGCCGCGUUUGCGCAGGGGGAGCUGGUCGCCGCCGCGGCCGCCUGGAAUUGUGGGAGUUGUGUUUGCCACUCGGCUGCCGGAGGCCGAAGGUCCCUGACUACGGCUCCCCAGAGCCUGCCUUCAUCUAGGAUGGCUCCUCUGGGCAUGCUGCUUGGGCUGCUGAUGGCCAGCUGCUUCACCUUCUGCCUCAGUCAUCAGAACCUGAAGGAGUUUGCCCUGACCAACCCAGAGAAGAGCAGCACCAAAGAAACGGAGAGAAAAGAAACCAAAGCCGAGGAGGAGCUGGAUGCCGAAGUCCUGGAGGUGUUCCACCCGACGCAUGAGUGGCAGGCCCUUCGGCCAGGGCAGGCUGUCCCUGCAGGAUCCCACGUACGGCUAAAUCUUCAGACUGGGGAAAGAGAGGCAAAACUCCAAUAUGAGGACAAGCUCCGAAAUAAUUUGAAAGGCAAAAGGCUGGAUAUCAACACCAACACCUACACAUCUCAGGACCUCAAGAGUGCACUGGCAAAAUUCAAGGAGGGGGCAGAGAUGGAGAGUUCAAAGGAAGACAAGGCAAGGCAGGCUGAGGUAAAGCGGCUCUUCCGCCCCAUUGAGGAACUGAAGAAAGACUUUGAUGAGCUGAAUGUUGUCAUUGAGACUGACAUGCAGAUCAUGGUACGGCUGAUCAACAAAUUCAAUAGUUCCAGCUCCAGUUUGGAAGAGAAGAUUGCUGCGCUCUUUGAUCUUGAAUAUUAUGUCCAUCAGAUGGACAAUGCGCAGGACCUGCUUUCCUUUGGUGGUCUUCAAGUGGUGAUCAAUGGGCUGAACAGCACAGAGCCCCUCGUGAAGGAGUAUGCUGCGUUUGUGCUGGGCGCUGCCUUUUCCAGCAACCCCAAGGUCCAGGUGGAGGCCAUCGAAGGGGGAGCCCUGCAGAAGCUGCUGGUCAUCCUGGCCACGGAGCAGCCGCUCACUGCAAAGAAGAAGGUCCUGUUUGCACUGUGCUCCCUGCUGCGCCACUUCCCCUAUGCCCAGCGGCAGUUCCUGAAGCUCGGGGGGCUGCAGGUCCUGAGGACCCUGGUGCAGGAGAAGGGCACAGAGGUGCUCGCCGUGCGCGUGGUCACACUGCUCUACGACCUGGUCACGGAGAAGAUGUUCGCCGAGGAGGAGGCUGAGCUGACCCAGGAGAUGUCCCCAGAGAAGCUGCAGCAGUAUCGCCAGGUACACCUCCUGCCAGGCCUGUGGGAACAGGGCUGGUGCGAGAUCACGGCCCACCUCUUGGCGCUGCCUGAGCAUGAUGCCCGUGAAAAGGUGCUGCAGACACUGGGCGUCCUCCUGACCACCUGCCGGGACCGCUACCGUCAGGACCCCCAGCUCAGCAGGACACUGGCCAGCCUGCAGGCUGAGUACCAGGCGCUGGCCAGCCUGGAGCUGCAGGAUGGUGAGGACGAGGGCUACUUCCAGGAGCUGCUGGGCUCUGUCAACAGCUUGCUGAAGGAGCUGAGAUGAGGCCCCACACCAGGACUGGACUGGGAUGCCGCUAGUGAGGCUGAGGGGUGCCAGCGUGGGUGGGCUUCUCAGGCAGGAGGACAUCUUGGCAGUGCUGGCUUGGCCAUUAAAUGGAAACCUGAAGGCCA